GAAGGCUAUAGACUGUAAAUUAUACACGGCUUGUCGUCAGUUGGCAACAUACUUCACGUUCAACAGUACGUUACAGCAGGAUAGAGAACGAUCAACUUAUAGAAAAUGUCGAACAGUUUUCAACACGGAUUAUUCGGAUGUUUUGACAACAUUGGCUUAUGUGUCAUCUCCUGGUUGAUUCCUUGCUACCAGUUUGGCAAAAAUGCCGAAAAAGUUGGAGAAAGUUGCAUCUUGUGCGGAGUUCUUUCUCUAGUUCCAAUAUUGGAUCUUAUUCUCGGUGCUCAUAUUAGAACCAAAAUCAGGGACUCGAAAGGCAUACAGGGCAGCUUUGUGACGGAUCUGCUGUAUUGGUUCUGCUGUCCGUGUUGUUCGCUGGUCCAAGAAUCACAGGAACUCGAGGGUGUGGUCGUGCAGUCCAUCGCUCGUCAGUGAACAGAGAACAUAUUGCAGGAAGCUAGAUUUACUCUAUACAAAACCUUUCUACGGCAUGCUUUAUUAUCUUUUCUAACCACUAAAAAUAGGCAAUUAGCGCUAGGCCACAUUCAAGUUCGUCAGCUGCAGAAGUUUGUGGACGCCAUUUUUAAAUAGUUAAGGAUGAUGGUCAUUUAGAUUGGAAUGUGUGACGUGUCAUCGUAUGACAUUUUGGAUCGAUUGGAAAUUAGAACAAUUUGAAGCUUUGCAAUCUGGAUUUUGGCAUAGCUGUUUAUGUGCACAAUGAGGCAAUUCCUUUGAAAACUUCUAGCUUUAGACACUUUUUAACUUUUGGAUCUGGAACACUAUAGCCUACUUGCAGUAGGCCUACUCGCCAAUUAUUUCCAAGAUGUGAAACGCACAAUCUCCGGUUUGCUGUGUGGUAUGGGAAAUUUCUCACUGGUUUGAAAAUGGU